AUGUCUUCCAGACAGCAGGAGUGUUUUCCGUGCCCGGCCAAGAGUGUGGCGGAGGAGGAAGGCUCGGUGGUGUGUGUGUGUGAAGAGGACCACUUCAGGACCCCCCUGGACAACCCCUCGGCCCCCUGCACCCGCCCCCCCUCUCCUCCCAAAGACUUGGUCUACACCCUCAAGCAGUCCACCCUGAUCCUGGAGUGGGGCGCGCCAACGGACACGGGCGGCAGGGGGGACCUGACCUACAGCGUGGGCUGCCGCCGGUGCGUGGGGCUGCAGUGUGAGCCGUGCGGGGCCAGCGUGGGCUUCAUGCCCCAGCAGAGCGGGUUGACCGAACGCACGGUCACCGUGGUCAACCUCAUGGCCAACUCCAACUACACGUUGACGGUCGAGGCCCUCAACGGAGUGUCAGAGCUCCUGCCCAACAAGAGGUUCUACACACAGGUCAACGUGUCAACUAGCGUGCCAGCGCCCUCUCUGGUGAGUGAGUUGCAUGCAGAGAAGAUUGAGCAGCGCAGCCUCACCCUGGUGUGGCGGGAACCGAGCUACCCCAACAGCAGCCGCACCGAGUACGAGAUCAAGUACUACGAAAAGGAACAGAAGGACAAGAGCUACUCAACGGUCAAGACGGCCGCCACCCGCAUCAGCGUCAACAACCUCAAGGCCGGCACCACUUACGUCUUCCUCAUCCGCCCCUUCUCCACCCCGGCCCCCUCCUCCUCCCUCCUCUCCGCCUCGUCCUCCUCCUCUUCCUCCUCCCCCUCUCCCAUCGACUACGGAGGCUACAGCGCUCCCCUGGAGCUGCAGACUCUUGGUGAAUUGUUCCCUCCCUGCAGACAAUGUGGAUACAGCAAGGCCAGUCAAGAGGGAGACGAYGAGCUCUACUUCCAAUUUAAGAUCCCGACCCGGAGGACCUACAUAGACCCAGAGACGUGUGAGGAUCUGGUGCAGGCUGUCCUCACCUUUGCCAAAGAGCUCGACAACUCCAGCAUCAAGAUAGAGAGAAUUGUACACACAGGUGACUUUGGGGAGGUGUGCCGUGGCUGUCUCAAGCUGCCCAGUAAGCGGGAGCUUCCGGUGGCCAUCAAGACGCUGAGGGCCGGCUGCUCAGAGAAACAGAGGCGCUCCUUCCUCAGCGAGGCCGGGAUACUGGGACAGUUUGACCACUCCAACAUUGUCCGUCUGGAGGGGGUCAUCACCAGCGGUAACACCAUGAUGAUUGUGUUGGAGAGCAUGUCCAACGGGCCCCUGGACUCCUUCCUCAGGAAGCACGAGGGCCAGCUCUCCGUGCUCCAGUUGAUGGACAUGCUGGGGAGCGUGGCCUCUGGGAUGAAGUACCUGACAGAGAUGGGCUUCGUCCACCGCCGCCUGGCCGCCCACAAGGUACUGGUCAACGCCAGCCUGGGCUGCAAGGUGUCCGGCUUCAGACCCCUCCAAGAGGACAAGAUGGAGGCCAUCUACAGCGCAAUGCAUGCGGGGAAGAGUGUGGUGUUGUGGACAGCCCCAGAGGCCAUCCAGUACCACCGCUACAGCUCAGCGUCUGACGUCUGGAGCUUUGGCAUCGUCAUGUGGGAGGUCAUGUCCUACGGAGAGAGACCCUACUGGGACAUGGGCAACCAGGACGUGAUCAAAGCGAUAGAGGAUGGCUUCCGCCUGCCCGCCCCUAUGAACUGUCCACCUCAUCUCCACCAGCUGAUGUUGGACUGUUGGCAGAAGGAGCGGACCGAGAGACCCACCUUCAGCCAGAUCCACUCAGCUCUCAGCAAGAGCAUCCGCAGCCCCGACGGCAUCGGCUCCUCCACUCUGUCACGCAGAACCCUCCCUCAGCUAGGAACCCUCCCUCUGGGCUCCUCCAUCUCCCUGGCAGAGCGGACUCUUCCGUCGUUCCCCUCGUUUAACUCGGUAGGGGAGUGGUUGGAUGCGGUGGACAUGGGGCGCUACAAGGACAACUUCACCGCGGCAGGAUACUGCUACCUGGAGUCUGUGGCCCGUAUGACAGUCCAAGAUGUAUUGAGUCUAGGCAUCACCUCUCUGGAGCACCAGAAACAGAUCCUGUCUGCCAUCCAGACCCUUAGAGCCCAGGUCAUCCAGAUGCACGGCAGAGGGGUGCAGGUCUGACACACACACACACACACAUACACACACGUGCAGACGGACGGACGGACGGAUGGAUAGAAGGAUUUUCACAGAGGAGAGACUCGUCUCAUCCAGAUGGACAACAAUGAAGUGGAUAGAGAGAUCGGCAGAGAUAUCGCCACACUGCACCCACUCACUCUUCCUCCUCUUCCUCCUCCUCCCUCUCUCUAAGUCCUUGGGAGCGAGGCAUCUCCCAGUCAUGUGAUCAACGUACUUUGUCGAAAGUCGUAUGACUUUUGUCUGCACGCUGACCCAAAUUGACUAGAUGUCCACUCUGACAACUGGCCCUGGAUCAGUCGUUAAAGAGACUUAAAACUACCCUGAUAGAGAAGUACUGUCCAUCUAAAAUGUCUGCCACUGCUCUCAAAAUGUGGGGUAAUAACAUUUCCUUGAUGGAGAAGAACUGUCCCCUCAAGCAGAGUGAUACUCUACUGAACCACUUGUCUCAGAACUGAGGUUAAAACCACCCUAGUUGAGAAGUAUUGUCCAUUACAGGGCUGCCCCUCUACCACUGGUCUCAGAACAGUGGGAUAAGGCACUAAUGGCAAAAGUUCUGUCUGUCGAACAGGGCUGAAAUUGUAAAACUGGUCUCAGUUCAAUGGUUAAAACAUUACUGUUCCGGCCGCUGAAGUGCGAUCAAGUGACUGGUUCCCACAGUGUGGGCGGAGCCCAGGCCGUGUCAAGUCGUACGUAGCCCGACCAAUCACGAGGCUGGAAAACCUUCAGGAGGAAACUACUGAUUAAAAAAAUGAAACUAGAAAACUGUAAAUCGAAACAAAGGAUUUCCGUGUGUUUGAUUGUUCAUUUCGAUUUCGUCUGUUACACAAUUUCUCUUUUUUUAACGUUUUUCCGUUAACCGUCUCUGCUCUGCUCUCCCUGUGUUUUCUCAGUGUGUGGAACGGCUAAUGUCCCUUAGCCGGGAUGUCAGUGGUAUCAUGUAGCGUCUCGCUAAUAUAUUUCUCCUGUCUAAAAAGCAUUUUCACUACAUGGGUAUAUUGCACUGUUAAGAAUAAAGGUCAAGUCUCAAGCUGACGUAUCGAAUAUUUAUUCAUAUUUAUAUGCGUUUCCAGUUUACAGACUCUCACACAACCUGACGGGAAGAGGUCACGAGGGUCAUACUUGAUUUUUUUUAAAUGACUAAAUAAUUUGUGUAAUUUUGUGUUUAAGGAUGCUGCAAAGCACAUGUCCUUUGGUGUCAAGCAUAUCCCUUCCUAGCCGGUCUGUUUGUUUUGAUUACAGUGUGUAUCAUAAAGUUUUCUUUUUUUAUAUAGUUAGAGGGAUUCUGUUACUGAAUAAAGGUGUUCUGUACCGAAGAAGAUAUUAUGAAGAGGACUUCCACUGUAGUAUGUUGACUGUUUUCUUCUCAAAGACACAAUCACCAAAUCUACAGUAGUUGAUAUAGGACUUCUACAUUUUGAGUCCAGUGUCGCUGGAUGUAUGGUAUCGAUGUGUUGCAUUAUAUAUGCAGUAUUGCAGUAUUUCAGAAUGUCGUAGAGUGAUCAUUUAUGGGUUUUUUCCGGGGCCAGCGAUUCAAGCUGUCAUGCAUAGGGCCCUGUGUUUUGGUUAAUCAUGUCACAUGACCUGGAUUUGAACCUUUUUGUUUAAAGCUUUUUUAUCAAACUGUCCCKCCUUUCUUUUUAUGUCAGAUGGUCCAAGCACCAUCCUCAGACAAUUGCUUACAUUUUUGGUCWAAUUCAAAUUUCUGGAAAAAAAUGCUUCAAAUCAAGGUUAAGUGGUUGACCAAAACACAGGGCCCUAGCUAUACAUCAUGGUUGCACACUUAACAUAUUAUAAAUGUUCCUACAAAUCCCACAACCCCCCACGGUGCAGUCACAAGCCACUCCCAUUUGUCAGUAUUAUGUAUUUUUUUAAACAGUUAACAUUUAAUCGUAGGUAACAUGUUUUGAGGCAUUUUUUAUUUAUCUCAUACUCUUGUAGCUCGCUACAGUGCAUUCGGAAAGUAUUCAGAUCCCUCCACGUU